CCAACUGUUUAAAAUGAAACUUCAUUAAAUUCACAACAGUCUGUGUCUACUAUUAACUGCAAUACGAAAAGCACUCUCACUCAUGUUGUCCUUGCGCGCCAGUGUUACCAUAUUAUUCUACCCCUGAUUUAUUAGUUAAUCCAUGGACUGGGCGGAAAGCCUUUUCGCCAUCUGGUAACACUGGACACAAAAAAAUUUGAGAUCUCGCGUAGUUUAUUGAUUGCAUUGGUAAUUUAAUUGCAAGCAGAAUUCGAAAUUUAACUAAUAUUAGCGGCAAUUUAUUUGCCGGCUAGCUUGUGUGUUUUUUUUUACUGCGUGCUUAUCUCAACGUGUAAACGAAACUGAGAGGCGAGCUGAGCUGAGCGAAAGAGAGCGACUGGAGCGAACGAGAGGGAGCCACCGGACUAGCGGACCAGCAACAAUCGACCAUAUACAAUCCACAAUCGACACUAUACACUAUACGCUCGACCAGAGAACAUCCAUAUCCACAUCCGCAUCGGAUCACCAUCAAAUCGGAUCGAAGCCCAUUUCAACCAAGUAGCCAAACAUGGCCUGGCGAUUCAAGGCUUCCAAGUACAAAAAUGCCGCACCCAUUGUGCCCAAGGCGGAGGCCUGCGUCCGCGAGAUCUGCGUGGGAAGCUACCAGACGUACGGUAACAACAUCGCCGCCUCCGGCGCCUUCAUGGCCUUCAACUGGGAGCACACUGGAUCUAGUGUUGCUGUCCUGCCGCUAGACGACUGUGGCCGAAAGAGCAAGACUAUGCCGCUACUCCACGGGCACACGGACACUGUGACGGACCUCAAGUUUUCCCCUUUCCACGACGGUUUGCUGGCCACCGCCUCGCAGGAUUGCCUGGUUAAAAUCUGGCACAUACCAGAAAAAGGUCUAGAGCAGUCGCUCUCCGAUCCUGAGGCCAUCUUUUCACACAAGCAGAGACGCGUGGAGACAGUGGGCUUCCAUCCAACGGCUGAUGGCCUGAUGUACUCCACAGCCGCCGGUUGCGUAGCUCUUUUUGAUCUCAGCACCCAAAAGGAGAUCUUCUCUAACAAUGAGCAUCCCGAGGUUAUACAGUCGGCCAGUUGGCGCGAGGAUGGUUCUGUAUUGGCCACCAGUUGCAAGGAUAAGUGUGUGCGAAUCUUCGACCCCCGAGCCGCCGGUUCACCCAUUCAGUUGACUGCUGAAUCACACCAGAGUAUCAAGGAUUCGCGGGUUGUGUGGCUUGGAAAUCAGCAGCGCAUCCUAACUACUGGCUUCGAUGCGGCCCGAUUGCGACAGGUUAUCAUUCGUGAUGUGCGUAACUUCAGCACACCAGAGAAGACUCUCGAACUUGACUGUUCCACGGGCAUACUAAUGCCAUUAUUCGAUCCCGAUACCAAUAUGCUUUUCUUAGCCGGAAAGGGUGACACAACAAUUAACUAUUUGGAGAUUACGGACAAGGAUCCGUAUUUGAUUGAGGGAUUGCGUCACACCGGCGAGCAAACGAAGGGAGCUUGUCUAGUGCCCAAGCGGGCACUCAAAGUCAUGGAGGCAGAGGUUAACCGAGUGUUGCAAUUAACAUCUAACAUGGUUAUACCCAUUAUGUACCAGGUGCCCAGAAAGACAUAUCGUGAUUUCCACGCCGAUCUAUAUCCCGAAACCACUGGCUACAAGACGGAACUGGUGGCAGGUGAAUGGCUAAAUGGCAGCAACCAGGCAGUGCCGAAGAUGAGCCUGGAUCCCGCCAAGCGUGAGCAUGGCGAUGAGCCUAUUAUUAUUCAUCGCGGCAAUCUUAGCGAUUUCGUUAAAAACCUGGAGAAUCAGCGGGCCAAGAGUAACACCACCGCAAAACCAAUUCCAAAUCAGCAGGCCAAGCGCAACGAUAACGAGCACUUUGUAAUGCUGAACAAGGGCAACAACUUUGAGGAGAAGAACGGUAAUGACAACAGUAACGAGAGCAAUGGAAAGAAGAACACACCUUCGCAAUCCCAGCCAGAUGGCGAGUGCAGUGAGCUCAUACGCAAAUUCGAGGCCAAAUAUAAGGUGGAUUCGGAGAAAGAAAAGGCCCAUGGCUAUGCCCAGUCCCAGGAGGAUGACAAUCAGUCACCCACCGAGCAGGAGCAUUCGACAGGCAGCAGCGAGGAAGUCUCCUCGUCCGGUGGUCUGGACAACCACUCGGCCAGUGGCAGCCACUCGCCACCGAAGCCCAUGCCGCGAACCUCGCGUAACAAUUCCCUACCGGAAGCAAGCGAUUCCGCUGGGGAAAGUGGCAGCACCAACACUCCACGCCCGAGGCCACGCACCACCGCUGCGUCUGCCUAUAAGCCACGCUUGGGCCCGAAGCCCUUCUCCAGCACCACUGGUGACGUGUCGUUUGACAAGGUAUUCGCCGUACCCUUGGCACCGGGAUCCCAUGAGAAUAUCUCAAACGUGGGCCAGGACAGCGGAGUGGAAAUGACACCCGCCCAGGGGGCUAAACCGGAUCUCAUUGUGGAAAUCGAAAUUAAAAAGAAACACGAAAGGGAGCCCGUGGUGGCCGGAAAUGGAGUCCAGAAAUCGCUGACCACCUCUGAGCGCCGCAAGUCCUCGGCUGACGAUGAUGAAUCAUCCGAUAAGAUAUUCGAGCAGAACUCUGAGUCGUCGGAGAACUCAACGGAAGGAGAGGAUCGCACGGAUGCGGAUCUACGACGAAGCUGCUCUUCCAGAAGCAGCUUUGCUGAGCGUCGGCGCAUAUACGAGAAUCGCUCAAAAAGUCAGGUGGACGAAAAGCCUCAGUCUCCAGUGCCAUUGCGUCGCGAGCACUCCAAAGUGGAGCCACUGAAGCCCAGCCAACAGCAACAGCAGCAGGGCAAUGUGAUCGACACCAAGCGCAUCUCGGUGCCGGAAGGUAAGCUAAUGGAGGAGCACCGCCGAGGAAAUGGCGCUGGACUAAAGAAAUCCGCCACAGAGGCGGCUUUUAGUGCAGCCAGCACCAAGCGCACCUCCACCGUCUUUGGCAAGGUGUCCAAGUUCAGACACUUGAAGGGCACUCCCGGCCACAAAUCCACGCACAUUGAGAACUUGCGCAAUCUGAGUCGCCAGAUACCGGGCGAGUGCAAUGGCUUCCAUGCCAACCAGGAGCGCGUAGCAGUCCCUCUUUCUGGACCUGGCGGUAAGAUUGCCAUCUUUGAGUUGAGUCGACCUGGAAGAUUGCCUGAUGGAGUGAUUCCAUCGCUCGUGAAUGGCAGCAACAUCAUGGACUUCCAAUGGGAUCCGUUUGAUGCCCAGCGAUUGGCCGUGGCUUGCGACGAUGGCAUUGUAAAGAUCUGGCAUAUUGAAGCCGGCGGUUUAAGCGAACCGACAAACACACCCGCUGGCGAGCUGACCGCUCACCUGGACAAGAUCUACUUUAUACGCUUCCACCCACUGGCUGCGGAUGUUCUGCUAACCGCCAGCUACGAUAUGACCAUUAAGCUGUGGGAUUUGCGCACCAUGAGCGAGAAGUGCUCGCUGUCGGGGCACACAGAUCAGAUCUUCGACUUUGCCUGGAGUCCCUGUGGCCGGUUGGGUGCUACCGUGUGCAAGGAUGGCAAGAUUAGAGUGUACAAUCCGAGGAAGUCGGAGACACCCAUACGAGAAGGUAAUGGACCAGUUGGCACUCGUGGAGCUCGGAUCACCUGGGCGUUGGAUGGACAUUACAUCGUCUGCACCGGCUUUGACAAGGUCUCGGAGCGACAGAUUAGCGUGUAUAAUGCUCAAAAGCUGUCGGCGCCAUUGAACACGGCCAGUUUGGAUGUGUCACCAUCGAUAUUGAUCCCCUUCUAUGAUGAGGAUAGUUCUACACUGUUUGUUACAGGCAAGGGUGACUCCACAAUCUACUGCUAUGAGAUCACCGACGAGGAGCCGUACAUCUGCCCAUUAUCGCACCAUCGUUGCACUUCCCUGCACCAGGGCCUCAGCUUUCUCACCAAGAACCACUGUGACGUGGCCAGCGUGGAGUUCUCAAAGGCCUAUCGGUUGACCAACACCACAAUUGAGCCCCUGAGUUUCACAGUGCCCCGCAUUAAGAGCGAGCUGUUCCAAGACGAUUUGUUCCCACCUACACGCAUCAAUUGGAGCGCCACGCUAAGCGCCGAGGAUUGGUUUGCCAGCAACGACAAGGCGGCACCCAAGGUCAGCCUUAAGCCGGAGGGCAUGGAGACAUUAUCUUCCAUACAGCAAGUACCAGCGCAGCCCAUCAAGAAGCCGGAUCAUCCCCAGUUCGGAGGCCAGAAGUCCGAAUACGAGAUCAACAAGCAACAGGAGAUCCAGAAAUCGGUUAGUGCGCGCAUGGAGUUCACCACUAAGCUGGAGCAGGACGACAUGGAGGGCGUGGACGAGAACGAGUGGCAGGAGUAGCAGUAUAGCCAGCGUCUGCGGCGGACAUGAACCAUGGAAAUAAGUUCACAAUUUAGCGUUUAACCAAUGGGCGUAAUUUUUUUACCAAUCUAGACAUGACGCGGCGGCAUCAUGACAAAACAGAAAAAUGCUCGACAUAUAUACAACAAACAUAUAUAUACUUGUGGGCGAGUGAAUAUAUGAAACUCGUAGUUAAGCCGAAAGUAAAACUAACACUCCAGUACACACACCCUCAUCCCUCAGCCACCAUCAGCCACCCUGCAUUCAGUUCCUCGCUCCUCCGCCAAUUACUGCAGUUGCUCAAUAAUUGCCAAAUUACAAAUCAUAAGCCAGUUUUGUUCGUUUUGUUUAACGUAUAUUUUUGUGUGUUUUUUUUUUAUGAGUGUGUGUUUAUUAAUUUUUUGAUUUACCUAUAUAUGUUUGUGUUUUUGUGUGCUAUUUAAGUAGUUAGUCCAAAAUUAGUUUAGCCUAUUUAGGUGUUUACACUUACAAUUAAUUUCCUGGGUUCUCCUUUGACCUUCAAUUUGUGUGGCCAUAUAGGAAAAGUGAGGAGAAUGACUUAGAUGAUACUUUUACAUAUACGCAUAUGUAUUUCCCUCUCAGUUUAUUUCAUGUCUGCAUGCUAGUGAGUGAGAAAGAGAGUGUGUGUCUGUCUGUCUUUCCCCCUUUUUUUUCCAAAUCAUUUCACCCCCUUUCUACCAUCCCUACCAUCAAUCAAUCCAUAAGGAUAAACCCACCCAAUUUCGAGCCGAUGAUGCCCUUAAACAUCUCUUCUAGUCUUUCGCAUCGCUCGAUCCCCACCAUUCACGUUCCCCCAAACCCAAACCCAAGACAAGAAACAAAAACAUAUAGACUUUAACCAAAAACAAAAAAAACAUAAUGCUGAGAAUAACAAUCAAGCGAGACAAUUUUUGUACUGUAUAAUGCGAAAAUCAAACUUACUGCAACAGCCGAAUCAAACCGAAAAGACAUGCAAACAACAAUUCCAAAAUGUAUAACGAAAAGACUUGAACAGUGGAUGGGUCAGUUACCCAGCUGCCCAUCUCCAUCCUCUGAAUCCUCCUCCCCGAAAGGUCCCCUACUAACGAAAAACAAAAUGGAAAAUUAGAAAGGGGAAAGUAAUAAGUUGCCAUUGAAAGACGUGUAACGUACACGUUUGUAAUAGGAAAGGCAAUAGAAAACGUAACUCGAGUAGCAUACACCCAUAGGCAAUAACUUUUUGUACUUGCAAUAGAAUAUACACUUACACAUAUACA